GCCAUGUCGCUCAGCCCCAAGCACACGACUCCUUUCUCCGUCUCCGACAUCCUGAGUCCCAUGGAGGAGACCUACAAGAAGUUCGGCGCCAUGGAGGGCAGCCUGGGUGCACCUUUGGGCGUGGGAGUGGGCGCCGCCGCCUACCGGCAGACCUCGAGCUCAGCCCUCCCGCCACAGCAGCAGCACCCCAUGGCAGGCCACAAUACUGCCGCCUACCACCCCAUGGCCCAUGCAGGGGUCUCGCAGUUCGCUCACGGCUCGGUGGCUGGCUACUGCAGCGGCGGGCUGGGCAACGUGGGCGACCUGGCGUCCUAUCCAGACAGCGUGCGCAGCAGCACAGUCGCCCCUUCUCUGUUUCUUGGCCCUGAUGACAGCUUCUCUUAACCUGUGCCUGUGUCCUCAGUUUCCAGGCUGAUGGGCCCGUCCGGGGCCAUGAACAUGGCCGGCAUGGGAGCUCUGUCAGGGAUUGCGGAGGCUGCCAAAUCCAUGGCCCCCAGCCUUCACGCCACUCCGCGGAGGAAAAGGAGGGUGCUUUUCUCGCAGGCCCAGGUCUAUGAACUGGAGAGGCGCUUCAAGCAGCAGAAGUACCUCUCGGCGCCCGAGCGGGAGCACCUGGCCAGCCUCAUCCACCUCACGCCCACCCAGGUGAAGAUCUGGUUCCAGAACCACCGCUACAAGAUGAAGCGCCAGGCCAAGGACAAGGCGGCGCAGCAGCUGCAACAGCAACAGCAACAGCCACCGGAGGGACCUGGCCUGUGCCAGCCACCGCCCCCGCCACAGGCGGCGUCCCCGAGGCGCGUGGCAGUGCCCGUCUUGGUUAAGGACGGCAAACCCUGCCCGCACAGCGCAGCCGCCUCCGCCGCCGGCCAAGCCGCCGCCAGCCAAGCUUCUGGCGCCGGGGGCAGCGGUGGGGCGGGCGGGAGUGCCACUCAGCAUCAGCACCAACAGACGCAAGGGACCUCGCUGGGCCAAGCGCCGGACCUGGAGGAGAUGUCCCCAAGCCCCCCUUCCCUGCAUGGCCAAGUGAGCUCUCUGGCACAGAUGGACGCAGCUGCUGUCGAUUACAGCAGCGGCCUGGUCAAUGCCAGCUUGCUCUAUGGGCGGACAUGGUAA